CUCUGUAGGAGGGUGGAUAUGAGACUAUAGCAAUAAAGAUAAAAGCAAGCAAGUCCAGCACUAAGAGGAAGGGAUGGGGAUUGAAAAAUUACCAUGGCAUUUUCUUACUUACUUCUUUUGGCUUGGAGUGAUGGGAGUUGAAGCCUCAUCAUGGACUGCUGAGGUGCCCAAGUCCGUCUCCGGCCUACAGGGCUCAUGCAUCGUGAUUCCCUGCUCAUUCAACUACCCAGAACCAGAGAAGAAGCCCUCCAAAUUAACUGGCAUCUGGUUAAAAGACACCUAUGAAGUUAUAUACCACCCAGACAGCUCCAACAUCAUCAAAGACUACAGGGGUCGUACAGAGCUGGUGGGCGACCUCCGGCAGAAGAACUGCUCUCUCAGAAUCGACCCCCUCCAUGACAGUGACAAAGGAGCCUUUACUUUCAGGAUUGAAAUCAAAGACCAUAACAAGUAUUCAUACAAGGAGGACACAGUCUCCAUUACAGUGAGCAGCUCUCCAGACCCCCCCUUUCUGUCAGUGAGGGAGGAGGUGAAGGUGGGGGAAGUGGUUUCUGCCUUCUGCUCUGUGUCUCACUCCUGCCCAUCGGAUUCCCCUCUCCUAACCUGGAGCCACUCCGGAACACACAGUGUCCAAUCACAGCAGCUAACCAAUGUCCAGUGGGAAGUGACGUCAUCCCUGACCUUUACUCCCAGCAGCACUGAUCACAGCCAGUCUCUGGUCUGCACAGCAGCAUACAAGGGAGGGAAGACAGUGAAACGUUUGAAAACUCUCAAUGUCAAAUACCCCCCUGAGAUCAAAGUGGGCUCCGCCUGCACUUCAGACAUCUCCAUGGUAACCUGUCUGUGCAUUGUGGACUCGGAGCCCCCCGGCACCGUGGAGUGGUCUCUUCUAGAUGGACCCCUGCCCAACCGGUCCAGUACCAGAGUGGAGAGGCAUGGGUCAGUUACCAUGGUGACCCUACAGAGGGCACUAGGCUUCUCCGAGACCGUCCACUGCCAUGCCAGCAACACACAGGGCAAUGCCACCUUGUCCUUGACUGUGUCCACAAAUGAUAAGAUGUUGAUGCUGUACGUUUCAAUUGGUAUUGCUGCAUUAGUGGUGGCAGUAAUACUAAUUUCCAUGUCAGCUUGCCUUUUGAACAGGAAGGGAAGUGGGAGGAGUCAUAGGGACCCGCCAGUAACCUGCAAGCAGGAAGUGCAUACAGCCAAGUGUGCUUCCUCAGAUCACUCAACAUCAAGGAAAGAGCAGACAGACACCAGCAGUGAAAACCACACAAACUACUACACCAACGAUCACGUAUAUGGAAACAUGGCGACUGAAGAGGAUGGUGACCUAUACGAGUGUGAUGGUGGAGAUGAUGCAGUCUAUGGUAACGUGUGAACACAACAGGAAGCAUGUGGAAGUCAGCUGGCCCAGAGGUCAUGGUGUUCAGUCUCUCAAAGGUUCCAGUAAAAUAUUAACAUUCUUAACCAAUGUAGCAGAGCAUAUUAUAUAUAUAUAUUAUUAUUAUUAUAUAUUAUAUAAUAUGUUCUGCUACAUUGGGUUCAAAUUGUAAUAUUUUAAAACCAAACUUUUUAUCAUAUAUAUAUAUAAUAUAUUAUAUUUGUUAGCUUGAUGUAGGUUUAUGGUACUAUUGGCUAAAGAAAAUGGUACAUUCUUAUUUGGGCUGUGUCUUUGCGUUAUAUCUUUUACAAGGCUUAUGUUUAUUUUCUAUGGCUUGGAUAAUUUAGAAAUGUUUUUACUAAAUGUCAAUUAUAUACAAAAUACUAACCAGUACUUAACAAUAGCUUGUUUCACACUUCCCCAGCUGUCUAUUGCAAUUGUGUGUUUAGGCAGCAGGUAGCCUAGUGGUUAGAGCUUUGGGCCAGUAACCAAAAGGCUGCUAGAUUGAAUCCCUGAGCUGACAAGGUAAAAAUCUGUCGUUCUGCCUCUGAACAAGGCAGUUAAUCCACUGUUCCUAGGCCGUCAUUGUAAAUAAUACUUUGUUCUUAAACUGACUUGCCUAGUUAAAUAAAGGUUCAAAUAAAAUAAUAAACAUUUAAAA